CCCAUGCUCACAAGGCCAGGAGUAGAUGAGCCAGACUGCUGCAGCUGAUAGAUAUGUUGUAGUGAUGUAAUGUUGCCUGUUUGGUGACUACCGAUGGCUGUCUGUGCCAGGCUCUGCGGAGUGGGUCAGUCGCGGAGGUGCCGGCGGCGACAGCGGCAAAACCAGCAGGAUCAGGGGAGCGAUUCCGACAUGGACGAGGAAGAAGAGGAGCGGAUCGUGGGUCUGAAGCAGGGCGACGCUGGCGGCAGCGGCGGAGGCCUGGAGAGAGGCGCCGCCACUGCAGGGCCGAGUGACGCUUGCGAAAAUGGCAGCGGUCAUGUCAACAGAGGAGGCUCUCUGGAUAGCACUAGCAGAGGACCUCCACGCCCGCAAUCAUUGGCGGAUUUACCGCCGGAGCUUUUAGUGGAAACGUUCUCCUUGCUUCCUGGAACUGCACUUCCGAAUGUCGCCCUCGUAUGCAAGAAGUUCAGACAAAUUCUUAACACAGAAACCAUCUGGAGAAGGCGGUGCAUGGAAGAGUUUGGUAUGAAGGAAGAUCUGAGGAAGAUGGAAGUGGGCGGUGUAUCUAGCCGGGACCUUUAUGUUAAACGUGUCAACCCACGGGUGAAAUCAGGGCGCUUUAUGAAGCUUCUCCCGGACUACGAGCACAUGGACUAUAGAGACGUGUACACACACUUGCUUCACCCAUACAGACAGAUCUUGGGUUUAUGGCAGCCUGACAUAGGGCCUUAUGGUGGAUUGCUUAACGUUGUGGUUGAUGGACUGUUCAUCCUCGGCUGGAUGUAUUUACCUCCUCAUGACCCACGGGUGGAGGAUCCCAUGAGAAGAAGACCACUCUUCCGUAUCCAUUUGUUGGAGAGCAAAAAGGCCACUGUGGAGUGUAUGUAUGGACACAAGGGUCCCCACAAAGGAGACAUACAGACUGGGAAGAAGGAUGAAUUUUCAACAAAGUGUAACCAGACUGAUCACCACCGCAUGCCAGGGGGCAGACAGGAGGAGUUCAGGACAUGGUUGGAGGAAGAAUGGGGCCGGACGCUAGAAGAAAUCUUCCAUGAGCACAUGCAGGAGCUCAUCCUGAUGAAGUUCAUUUAUACCAGUCAAUAUGAUAACUGCUUGACAUACCGGAGGAUCUACCUUCCACCUACAAUGCCCUCUGACCUGCUGCACCCAGGCCUUUUCAAAGGCACCUACGGCAGUCAUGGCUUGGAGAUUGUCAUGCUCAGUUUCCACGGGAAUUCUGCAAGAGCCACCAAACUCACUGGAGACCCCAAUGUUCCUGCAGGGCAGCUCACUCUGGAUGUUGACCUGAGUCGACCUGUGGUCCUUCCAGACUUAGAGCACCAGCGCAAUAUAGAGGAGCUGUCCCGGUUGGUACUAGGAGUACACGAGGAAGUCCAGAGGGAACAACAACAACAACAACAACAACAACAACAGGCCAUGGACACUUCAUUGGCAGAGGGGGCCUGCAGUGAUGUCGCCGCAGCAGAAGGUGUGGAGCCAGAGCCAGUCACCGGUACAGACAGCUCCCAGCCUGGCCCCAGCAGCAGCAGCAGCACUCUUGAAGCCCAGCCCUUUGUCCUGCCUUUGGGCGUUAUGGCUCGCAACGAGGUCUACCCUCGCACAUGCAGGAAAUGCUUCUAUGGGACAGGCCUGAUCGCUGGGCAUGGCUUUACAAGUCCGGAGCGCACCCCGGGGCUCUUUGUGCUUUUUGAUGCAGACCGUUUUGGUUUCAUCUGGUUGGAGUUGAAGUCUUUCAGUCUGUACAGUCGCCUGACGGACCACCUAGCUCAUUCUCACGCCCCAAACAUGGAGCGAUUUGAGGCCAUGCUGUGCAACAUGCAGUCCUGGACAUCCUGAUGCACAAUGUUUUUAGUCUCGCUCCACAAUACAAUGCAUAAUAACAACCAGUUGACACAAAUCACCUCUGUCCUCAGCUGACAGAACAUCAUAUCACGAUAUCUCAUGACCUUAACUCACGUUCGAGAUAUAUGUUUCACAAACAUGGGUCUAAUUAAGCUAGUUAUGUCACCUCAUGAAUUGUAUCACUUCACCUCAAUAUGACCUUUAUCGUCCAGUGAACAACUCACAUAUUAACCUUCUUAAAUUAAUUUAUUUAUUCCCUGCAGGUGAAAAAUGAUAACUCGUACCACUUAUAAAGUAUCAAACUGUACGUGCCUCUGAUUCUAAAACCAUGUCUGUACUUGAUAGUGCUUGAAGACAAUAAAGGUGUCCAAUGUAUUCUA